AUGAUGAAUUCUUCUAUUGAACUCAAUACAAGUGCGCUUGAUCAAAGUUUACCUAGUUGGUUUGCACCAGAUUCAAAAAUUGGUAGUAUUGUGGAUCGAUUAAUGGUUGAAGAAUGGAUGAAUAUAACAUCACACAAGGCGUAUUAUGAUCGAUGUCAACCAAUCACAUAUAAUGUUAAUUGUUAUGGUUGUGAUUGUUCAUGUUGUACAGGUUGUGGUUGUUCAUUAGUUUAUCAAGGAACAAUAUCAGUAUCAACAUGUGCUUCAACAAUAUGUACAGAUGCUUGUAAAUCAAAAUAUAGUACAUGUUUAUUGGGAUCAUCAAGUGCUGUUUGUUCCGCUAGAAGCUUUUUUCAAUUUUAUUCGAUUUUAUUUUUAAUUAUUUCAACAAUUAUAUUAAUUUUAUCAAUCGAUUUUAUUUUAAUAAAUGUUUAA